AUGGAUGAUAAAACAAAGCGGCAACAGUCAAUUCUUCAUCCUCUAGCAAACAACAACCAAUUACUUGUGAAAACAGUGGAUACCAACAAUACAGCAAACAAUAAUUGCAAUAGCAACAAUAGCAGCAUAUUGUCCAGCUCAAUUAAUCCUCAACAACAGCAACCAAAGAGAUCAAUACCAAAGAAUGUAGCUUACCCGCCUAUGUACAGCUUCAAUAUCUCAACUGCUAAUACACUAAAGAACGGCGUUUCAACGAAAAAAGUUACUUCAGGACUUCCUGUAGCUCCUGAUGGUUAUAUUUAUGUGAAAGGUUAUGGCAGUGGUUCUGUAGCAGACCAUAUUCCCAGAAAUAUACCUAGUUAUUAUCCAAGACGAGGUACCUCAAUAACUAACAAUUACACAGAAUCAUCUGCGGUGACCCCUACACCGCUACACAUUCCUCGACCAUUAGCACCACCACAUUUGCUCCAACCGCCGAACUCGCACCAACAGCUACAACAUCCACAACAACAGCAUGAUAGUGGAGAAACAACAGUGUCACCAACUUUGGAAGUUUUCAACACAUUAAACCCCAGAAAGGCUCCCAAUAUGACUUAUAAAGAAAAAAUAAUGAACUGGAUGUCAUCGAUUCCUCAGUUUAAUGAUAGUGAAAAUAAUGAAAUAUAUAUCGAUUGUUAUCCCGGUGUUAUAUCAACUAGUGUCACACCUAGUACUUCAGAUGAAGAGAUUGAUUUGGCGGAUAUUGAGGACAUAUUGGAAUUACAAGCUAGAAAAGUUACCAGAUAUGUUACUAGACUAUAUAUUCGUGAAUCAGAAAAUUGGGAAGAAAUACCUGCAGAAGAUGGAGAUGGGGAUUUUGAUGGCAGGGCAGAAUAUGAAGUGGAAGACGGUGAUGACGAUGUUGACGACGACGAUGUUGAUGAUGAUGUUGUUGAUUACGAUGAAGAUAAAGUUCAGGUACGUAACUACGUCUACAGAAAUGCUAACUUGAACAUUGCUUAUGAGACUGACUAA